CGGGGAUGCCAGAUCGUCAGAUGUAAUUCAUGUGGUCGAUUCGAACGAAUAGUUUUAAGAUCUCGCAAUGGCCAAGAUACUGCAGAAAUACAUCAAAUUCUCGACCAAGGAGCUGGAUAACUACGCCAGCAGCCCGGAGUCUUGCGUGCGGUGCAUCACCACGGACAUGCACCUCGCAAUGGGCCCGUACGGCAUGGCCAACUUCAAGCACGCGCUCCACGAGCUCCUCAUCCGUACGAAGGUGGGAUUCUAUGACUCCGGACUAGAUGGGAUUGUCCUCGGCAUCAAGAACAUAAAGGUGCACGGGCACACGGCGGGUCUGCGUGCAGACGAUCCCACUAUGCAUCUGGUCAUAAAUGCGGACUUUUAUGUGUUCCGCCCGAAGGAGGGCGCCAUACUGAGCGGCGUGGUGCGGCACAUCUCCAGGCAACAUGUCAGCGCCGUCAUUUACCGGGUCUUCAACACAUCCAUCCGCUUUACCAACCAGACCGCUAGUCGGGAGGACUUUGCCAUGGACCAGGAGAUCAAGAUCCGCAUAAAAAGCUUUGACAUCAGCAACGUGAUGCCGUACAUCGAAGGAGAACUUUUGCUAGAAAAUGGCGAGGCUCCAAAGAAUAAAUCUAUUAAGUUUAGCAGUCCCGAACCGGAGGAGAAAGAAGUCAAGGAAGAGGAUCCCGAUGAAAUGUUAGACGCUCUUUUAAAAGAAAUUAAGAAAGAACCUGAAUUCACGCCGAAAAAGAAAAGAACAACAAAACGCAAGAAUGGAGAAAAUGGUGACACUCCGAAGACGAAAAAAGUGAAAAAAGAAAUAAAAAGCGAGCCAAUAUAGCUUUAAAACCUAUUGUUUUUAACAUCUCUGUAUAGUACAAAUUAACAAUUACAUAAUGUCGAAAUGUACAAAUUCAAUAGAGUUCGGGCAUCAAGCCGACUGGGGCUGAGUUUAAUCUUAGUUUGCAAUGCAGAUAUUGUACCAAUAGGGUAAAAUACCUUAAUUAGCCUACCAUACUUUACCGAUUGAUGGCCACUGCAUUGGUCAGUUGGAUACGAUUAAUGGAAAACAGUUUUUAAAAUGUGAAUAUGAAUACUUUGUAAUACAUAUGUAUUUCAUACAAAUAGAGUCAAUAUUUUACAAUACAUUAAA